CAGUCUAAUGUAUCGCCUCAAACAGUGAGGUGUGCGCUGGGUAUCAGACUCGGGCAACCACUGGCGGCCGGGGGCGCAUACUUGGCGUGGACCCCGGGUGCUGCCACGGUUUUAGCCGCGCAGGUGUGGGGUAAGCUAGCGGUGCAGUACCUCUGGGACAGAGCUCAGAGCCGUGCCCAUACCCCUGUGUGCUCAGAGUGUGCCCUCUCGCCGCCCCUUUCAUCGCGGCCGUGCCCGGCGGAGUUCCGGUGAAGUGCCUGCAGGUGUGUGUGUGUGCGCGCGCGCACGAGCGCGUUUCCGUGGCGGUACCGGGGGGGGCGGGUAGUGGCGCGUCCAUGUUUCGUAUAGCGACCCCACCUGAAGCUGGCCAGUUUGUGGAAUAGUGCGAGCUACUGAAGGUGUUGCUCGAGCCGAGGAUGAUGCGCGAGAGAGAUGCCAUGUCUACCAGCAACAGCGCCGCCUCGUCCUCCGCGGGGGGCGGCGCUGUCAUCGACUCCACCGUCGUAGGGGAAGAUCACGUCCCCGUCAGAGGCUUCAAAGAUGGCAGGAAAGGCCGCUCAAAAACAAGAAGCAAUGACAAGCCGAAGAAGACGAGAUUCCUCAGCACCUCCUCCAAGUCCCUCUCUGCCAUUCCUGACCGUAUCCAACUCUCAAUGCUCAGCUCCGGCCUCAUCACAAUCACUGAGGAAGACAAGGCCAUUGGCGCCAUCCCGACGAAACCUAUAGAUUCCAAGGACCUUCCAAAGAUUUGCGCCCAGCACCGUCAGUAUCCCAUCCUCUACAAGGUUGAGUUCCAGAUGGCUUCAAAGGUGGAGCCGCACUCCAUGCGUCAUGCUCUGAAGGAAGUCAAUGAGCUGAAGAACACCCACAAAAGAAGUAUUCCUUAUGACUAUAACAGAGUGGUUCUCGAGCCGUUGCCUGAUGCACCGGACUCAGACUACAUCAACGCUUCGUAUAUUGACAGUUUGCUCACCCCGAAGGCUUACAUAGCUACACAGGGGCCUUUAGAAAAUACCAUAGUGGAUUUCUGGCGGCUGGUGUGGCAGCAGAAAAGUCGGCUUAUUGUUAUGCUUACCAAGACAUUUGAUUUCAUUAAGGUGAUGUGUGUGCAAUACUGGCCAGCAAUGGUUGGUUGUCCUGACCACUACGAGGGCAUCAAAGUCGACCUCCUGAAGGAGGAACAACUGGCCAACUUCCAGAUCCGCACUAUAAAACUCAGCUUAGAAGGACAUCCUGAAGAGGAGAGAGAAGUGGUGCAGUUCCACUACACAGAGUGGCCUUCACAUACACAACCUUUCAUCAAUGGACUACUGGAGUUUCGGCGGAGAAUUAAAAUCUGGUCCCAGUCGAACAUCACACCGGCUGACGGCCCAGUCAUCGUGCACUGCAGUGACGGAGGAGCAAGGACCGGUGUCUACAUGGCUAUUGACGCCAACCUGGAACUUCUUGAAGAAGAUGGCAAACUCGACAUCUAUGGUUACGUCAAGAAGAUGAAGCAUGCUCGUCUGGGACUGAUUGAGACAGUGGAUCAAUACAGGUUUGUGUACGACGCUCUGGAGGAGUUCCUUCUGUGUGGCUACUCGUUCUUUCCCGUCAGUGAGUUGUCACAGCGGCUGAAACACAAGUCCAUGAAGAUCAAUGGGAACAAGAGCGAAUACCAAAUAGAGUUUGAGAAAAUAUGCAAGAUGACACCGAGAUUCACCAUCGGUGACUGCGCCGGCGGCCAUCGCGCAGACAACAGAGUCAAAAACCGUAAUGUUCUCUGCGUUCCCCCUGACAACUUCAGACCGUACAUCACGUCGUUCCAGGGUAACACCAAUACCGAUUAUAUUAACGCAGUUUGUGUUGAUGGGUACUUGAGGCCACGUGAAUACAUAGUGUCCGAGUGGCCUCUGAAGUCAACCAUCUCCGACUUUUGGUCUCUCGUGUAUGACCACGAGGUGACCUCCGUCGUAGUCCUGUGUCAACCCUCACCCCUGGAGGCCUCGAACUACCCACCGUUUUGGCCAGAAAAACAAAAAUCCAUGAAGUAUGGGUCGGUGUUUACCAUCGACCAUGUGAGUCAUCAACACUACCAGAACAUCCGCUCCUGGGUGUUUAAAAUCAGCAAGAAGAUCGUGUCCCUGACGGAGCUGAUGGCAGGCAUCAAGGCAGAGCCCAAGACCUGCCAUCUCUUCCAGCUCAUGUGUUGGCCACAAGGACACAAAGUUCCCACCUCCACUAACGCCCUCGUCGAACUGAUGAACAUGGUGGAGCGCUGGAGACAACGUACCGGCUACGGUCCUGUGGUGGUGGUCAGCCCAGAUGGUAUGAGUCGCGCAGGAGUGUACUGUGCAGCCAACGCUUGCAUCGAGCAAGUGAUCCAGCACGGUGAAGUGGACGUCUUCCAGGCCGUCCACACUGUCAGGCGGCACCGACCCCAGCUCACCAAUAACAUGACGGAGUACAAGUACUGUUAUGACCUUGUUCUUCACUAUGUUCUUCACUUCCUCUCAAAGGAGAAUAACGAGGAAUAUGAAGAAAUAAUUCUGGAUUCAUAAUGUGGAAGACGUAAGUCUCAAGACAUGACACUGGAAAUGCCAGAAGAGACUGAAAUAUUGUUUUUAUUACCUUAUGUAUGCCUGAGAGUGCCCCAACGGAGCCAGGUAUGCCUGAGAGUGCUCCAACGGAGCCAGGUAUACCUGAGAGUGCUCCGACGGAGCCAGGUAUAUCUGAGUGCUCCAACGGAGAAUGAACUCCGUGUAAUUGUUAUUGUUAUUGAUGUUCAGUUGUUAUUUGGCUCACGAAGGCUGGUUUGUGAAGGAACGACAUUUGAGAGAAGUGUCCAGUCUCUUACAUAGAGAGACACUGCAUUCUUAGAAUGGUAUCAGAUGGUUGAAAAGGAGUGUUUGGUCUGUUACAGAGACAGUACACACAAAGAGGAAUAGAAUUAGACUGUUGGCAAAACUUUAUGGAGACAGAGAGACAUUGCACACUCUGAGAGACGGUAUUAGGUACUUGACAGAAGUAUUAGUUACAACAGACACACAUACGUCUACUUAGGACAUUUUAUUGAAAGAAACGUUCCGUCAUUGGUGGCUUUCUCAGUCCUAGGAUUGGAGAAAACAUCACCAGUGGCGAAACGUUUCCCGCAUACUGUCGAUACUGUCAUGCCUUUACCCAUAGUAUUAGGAAUGAUACAGACAGGUAGUGCAUACUUAGUGACGGUAUUAAAGAUUUGGCUGGUUGGUAAAUUAAUGGGGUUUAAAGCCUGUCGACUAUACAAAGGUCAAUAAGGUUCUAUGUAACCUAUUCACCACCAGUCAAGAAUACUCUGAUCCCUAAAAUAGUGAUUAAAGCAAACUCUGUACCUAGAGAUGCCUACCUCUAUAUAUAUAUACAUAUAUCUUUGUGACAGUUGAUAAAACAGUAAUUGGACUGUUAGAGAGACACACACCGAACACUUAUAGUUAGCUAUAUAUUUUCAAUUCCUUAUUAAUUUUGUAAAAAGGUCACUAUUUUAUAAACCCAAGGAAAUAGUCACAUAAUUUUGAAAAUACAAUAAAAAUUUAACUAGAAAAUUAAUUGGCCCUAAACUUUCACUGGUGAACAUAUCAUGGAUUAAUACGAAGUAAAGAUAGUGACCCUAUUUUCUGAAAUGAUGUAUGUUACAGAAUACACUUUUAUAUCUCUACAGCAGGUCAAAUAGGUUGAAACAUAUUGAUAUAUUAGAAACAUGUUCAACACUUGUGUUGCACGUGUGUCUAAUGGUUCUCUGAAUCAUUUGCUUACGUUUCAGGUUGAAAUAUGCCUCGUGUGGAGGAAUGUCUCUCAGUGUAAAUCAUAUCACUUAUAACACAAUUUGACCUUUUCCAUUGCAUCUUUUUUUUUUAAUUGUGAGGCCAAAAUAAUAUCCAAAAGAUCUUGCUAUACGAAAUGCAACUUUAAUAAGGCAUAUAUAUGUAUUGAGGCCUGGUUGUAAUUUUGUUGCUGUUGAAUUUUUUUUGCUGUUUUUAGGUUUUGGGAAAUAUAUAUUAAAUAUUUUUUGUUGUAUAUGUGGGACUGUGUCUCAUGAUACGAUUUGAUUUUAUGUUUAAAGUAAAUGAUAUCUUUGCUUCUUACGUAAACAAUUGAGUUGCUAAUGUUGAUAAUGCCAACCUUGGAGAAGACAAUCUUUGACGUGCUAAGUUUGGUAUUUCUUUGAGCUCAGAUGUUAAAUACUGCUAAGAAUCAACUGUGUUGGUCAAGACAAUGUUAGAAGUUUUUGGUGUAUUCCAUUGUAUUAUUUUGUACUGUUAUGCAACACCCAGGUGGUGGACUUCUUACUGUGGCUAUAGAACACAAAAGGAGAAAGUCUUCUCCCUAUAACCUGAAUAACACAGAAUACCCAGGCUCAAUAUAACUAAAACAUUCUACCUUUUGUGUGCUUGGCUAAUGAUAGAACAGUACAUGCCUGUUUACGAAGACUUGUUUAAGAUAUUUUAUAGAUUUAUGAUAUUUUGUUAUGUAAUGAAGAGAUUAUAUGAGUAUGUAUAUAAGGAGUAUAUAUGUAGGAUUCCUGGUGUACAUUUAAUAGCGUACAUCACUGAUGUGCAAUUAUCUUGCCAAGUAUGCAGAUUGAUACUUAUUGAGAUGCAAAAUAUUUCGUUACUGCAUUAUAGCACAGUAAUUUUUACCACAAGGGAUUGUCACAGUAAUUACCAUGUUAUGUUUGAAACUUGACCAAGUGUUUCCAAACCAACCAUGUGAACCAUGUUGAGUUAAUGAGGGUUGCUAAUGUUGCAUGUUAUCUAUUUGUAUAUAAGUUAUUUACCAGGCUGUUUAUCUGUAAGAGAGCUGCUUGAUGGAGUCGAGAAAGAAAGAGAGAGAGCUCCCUAACUUGAGACACUCAGCCCAACACAAGCAUUCCUUUCCCCGUGUUUACCUGACCGUUCAGUUGUCUCUACCCCCGAGGAUUGUAACUUCUUCCUGGAAGAUAAAUUAGUCAGUCAUGAACCCUGAAUCAACUACAUUAAAGUAUUGCUCAAGA